ACUUAGGAGGGCAGCCCGGGGAGUGGGGGCAAUCUGCAGCCAUGCAGCUCCCCCAGGGGAGCUGGUUUCUCACAUCCCAGCUGAUGCUCGCAGACAGUCUGGGGAAGGUUGGGGUAGGAGGGCUGCAGCCGGCGCCGGAGAAGAGAUGGGGACACUGGAACGAAGAAGCCAGGGGCUCACUCACCAUCUCGGCCGUCCUUCUUACAGCGGUGCCCAGCGAACGCUGCGAUGCUCCUGCUCAGCGCCGGCCCCGGCCUCGCCGGCCCCGGGGCCGCACCACCACCUCCUGCUGCUGCUGCUCCUGCCGUGCCUGCGCCCGCCCGCCGCCGCCGCGCUGAAGCCCGCUCUGGCCCCCAUCGUGCAGGACCGGCCGUUCCUGGUGGCCUGGAACGCCCCCAGCACGCGGUGCCUGAGCGCCUACGGCGUGCCCCUCAACCUGGACGCCUUCGGCAUCCUGGUGAACCGGCGGGAGGCCUUCGCCGGCGGCAACGUCACCAUCUUCUACUACGACCAGCUGGGGCUCUACCCCUACUACCAGAACAGCUCCGUGCCCCCCACUGCCGUCAACGGGGGCUGCCCCCAGAACGCCAGCCUGCAGGACCACCUGGGCAAGAUGGUGAAGGACAUCCUGCGGACCAUGCCCUCCGAGAGCUUCGCCGGGCUGGCUGUCAUCGACUGGGAGAACUGGAGGCCCCUGUGGAUCCGGAACUGGGACAAGAAGAACAUCUACCGGAGCAUGUCCGCCCAGCUGGUGAGACGGGGCAACCCCGGCUGGAGCGACGAGCAGGUGGAUCUGCGGGCCAAGUGGGAGUUCGAGAAGGCCGCCGUCAACUUCAUGUCAGAGACGCUCAAACUGGCGCGGUCGCUGCGCCCCCGGGGCUGGUGGGGCUACUACCUCUUCCCGGACUGCUACAACUACCACUACUGGGAUGACUUUGGGGGCUACACCGGGCACUGUCCCCCCUUGGAGGUGCAGCGCAACAACAAGCUGCUGUGGCUGUGGGAGCAGAGCAAAGCCCUCUACCCCUCCAUCUACAUGGAGGAGGUGCUCCGCGACUCCCCGCAGGGCGAGCGCUUCGUGGGCGCCAAGCUGAGCGAGGCGCUGCGCGUGGCGGAGCUGCCCUCGGCCCGGCACUCGCUGCCCGUCUUCGCCUACGCCCGGCCCUUCUACACCUACACACUCAAGGAGCUGAGCCAGGCGGACCUGGUGCACACCAUCGGGCAGGCGGCCGCCGCGGGGGCCCACGGCAUCGUCCUCUGGGGAGACGUGGAGUACUCGCGCAACCGGAGCAACUGCCAGAAGAUCCGCGACUACCUGCUGGGCGCCCUGGGCCCCUACGUCGUCAACGUGACGCUGGCGGCCCAGCUGUGCAGCCGGCACGUGUGCCACGGCCACGGCCGCUGCCGCCGCCGCCGCCCCAACUCCACCGCCUACCUGCACCUGGACGCCGGCUCCUUCGGCAUCCGCGUGGCGGCUGAGGGCGGGCGGGCGCGCGUGGCGGUGCGCGGGGCGCUGGGCCGCCGGCAGACGGAGCGCAUGGCCCGCGACUUCGCCUGCCACUGCUACCAGGGCUGGCACGGGGAGCGCUGCGGGGCCGCCAGCUCCCGGGGCACCCCCGCCGGCGUGGCCGCCUGCCGGGGCCCUGCCGCUGCCGCCGGGGCCCUGCUGGCCUGGGCGCUGCUCUCGGGCCCCUGAGGCCGGGCCGGGGGAGAGGGGCGGUCGCUCCCGAGCGCCCCGGGACCUCGCUCCCUCCAGAGCCACCUCCCAGAGCUGCACAGCAGCAGCUUCAAUUGUGUCGACGGAGCAGCUCCGAACCGCAGAGAGCCGUUUCCAUCCCUCUCCCCCUCCUCCCGUUUUGAUACCCCCCCCUUUGCAGUCUCUGCGGACGGCGUGUUUGAAGGGUUAUCGCUCUUUAUAUGCAGAGGGACUUCUCGGUUCCCGGGUGCCCUCCCCCACGAAUGGUGCUACCCCCGCGGCCCGCUCCCGUCUCCGUGCAGAGGGCCAACGUGUUGGGGAUUGUUUCUUUUUUGUAUUAAACAGCUUUUUUUUUCCGUGA